CCCAAUGAGGAGGAUGGUUCUGAGGCCCAGAGCUGUAAAGGCACUGGGCGGGUGGCGCAGUAACAGAGCAACCAGGACAGAGGGACAACAAGGGCUUAGGCAAACGCUGAGGGAGGCUGCUCAGAGCAUAGACAGUCAGUGGCUCGAGGUGUCUGGGUACGCAGUUUGUUUUCCUCUCCACAAAGAUGUACACUGUCUAAACUGUGUGGCUGGUUGUUACUAGCAGCUGCUGUAAGAGGGGGAAAUGUAUUUAAUAAAAGGCCCAGUGUUUGUGGUCUUCUUGGGCUUCUGUGGAGUUUUGGAAAUCUUGAGGUGUGACCAGUUUUCAGCCUUCAAGACUAAGACGAACUGCCCUUGAGAAGGGGUGGUCAGAGAGGAAACAUGUUCACCCUCUCUCUCCUGAGCCGGGGGCACGGGAAGUUGGUCCAGAACAAACAGAAUUUGGAAGUCUAUUUUGAACCAGAGGAUUAUCUGAACUGGAAGUCCCCAGAAGACUAUGUCCUGGUCAGCAGACCUCAGGAAGAAGACAAUGCCAACCAACAUUCCUGGAGCCUCUUUCUUCCUAAGACGUUCAGCACCAGGAAGGGUGCCCUGAUCCUGUACUCAGAAGGGCUGGCUGUCCCAGCAUGGACUCCCAGAGAGAGGAGAAAAGCCCCCUAUCAGGCCCUGGGUCACAAGAAGAGGCUGGAUCUUGAGCUACACACCCUUCAAGACCUCAAAGAAGCCAUCCUGGCCUACGGAAGAAAAGAGAGGCAGCAGGACAGCUCCUGGCAACCCUACCUCUACUUCCGAAGUCAGUCACAGAGCCAGGCCCAACGGCAAAUCCAGCCCGGGUAUUCUGCCAAGAGAUACCUUCGAGAUUUCUUGCGGACAUGGCCCCCCGAUGCCACAUACAGGCUCCAACGUGCAGGAUACAUCAAGGAUUCUGUGCUUCUUCACGAUGCUCAAUUUAAUGUGCCAAAGAAUUUCAGGCUGCAGCAAGACCUUUCAGGUGCACCCCAAAAAUACCAUCUCCUGCCUGUCUUCCCACCAUUUUGGAUUCAACAAGGAAAAUCUUUUGAACAAGGUCAGCAGGGCCCGGAUGAAAGAGAAGCCGGAGCUGCUGGACAUGUGGACCAGGACACCACAGCCAAGAGCCAUGGCAGUUGGGAGACUCCUUUGCUGCUAUCCAGGAAGAAGCCCUGGCAGGAAGAUGGAACCUGGGCAGAGGACACAUCAAUAGAGAGUCACCUUCCUGUUCAUGCUUCAGAGAAAAGCCACAAUGAGAAGACACAGCAAACCUCCAGGAAGGCACUCAGACGUGCCCACAUAGGUCCCUCUUGGCUCCUGAAUGACAAAUCCAACAUUAUACAUUGUGGAGGCGCCUUCCCCAGUCAGAAGACAGACCUAAGCAACAAACACGGGACUGAGAAGCUCUACAAGACUAGAGGCAGCCACCUGUUACAAGAGCCUCCUGCUGAAAGAUGCCUGUUCCCUCCAGUAGCAUCUGUCACUGCCGCAGAACGUAACACCCCUGGGGAAGCAAAGGAAAAAAAGGCACCAAAAGCUUUGAAAUUCCCUCCUAUUUUGGAAGAACCACCCAGAUUCCUUGAUCCCCUGAGGAGUCAAUUUAAAGCCAAUGAACCUCCAACUGAGCUCUUCAUAAUUCCAAUGGAGAUUCAUUUCCACACUCCACAUCCCCCAAAGGAAAAAGCCUGCAGAAGAGGUGCUCUGCAUCCUGAGACAGAACCAAAAGCAGAAGAGGCCAGGCCUUUAUGGGGUCCUCCCCUGAAGCACACAUCCUCCAAAAGGCCGAGGGCAAUCAGUGUGCAUCUCCCGGUGCAUGUGAGCAGACAAACUCCCUCACCCCCAGAUGACAAUGCCCUGUUCCAGGAUACCGCCCCACCACGCCUUCUGCCCCCAAUUACAGGAAGAAAAAGCCUGGAAAGCCAGUGGAGCCUGGUCAGCCCAGGGACACCUGGCUGCACCCAGGUCCCCACAAGUCCCUGGAAUGUGCAGGCACCACCAGGACACGAAGAUUCCAGAGAUCCCACACUGGGACACUUCCUGUUGGGUCCGGAUGGAGAAAACACCUGCCUGUCCCUCCUAGGGCUCUCCAGGACCGAAGCUCUUCCCUCUGGUGAAGUCUAUGAAUCUGCCCAUUCAAAUAUCAUCCAUGGAGAAGAAGGGUCUGAUAUUCAGCAUCUUCUAAAAUCUAACACUGAAUCUGGGACCGAUCUUCACAUGAAACUUUAUGAAAGCUCACCUUUGACACAAACAACAGGGAAGCAGGGAUCCCUGCAGCCCUUGGAGGCAACAGCUCAGAAGACAGGAGAGCCUCAAAGUUGUAUAAAUAAAGAGCUGAUGUGUUCAAACAGAAAAGAAUUUUCCGCACGCAAGCUGCACAUCGACAUGACGCCGUUCCUGAAGGAAAGUGGAGAGGAACUAGACUCUCAUGAAGAUCCAGAAGAAGCUUCUGGAGAAAAUGAUGAAGACAGUAGCCAAGACCCAGAGCCAAGGAGUGUGACCCUCGACCCCCUCAGUGCUCCCCUGGGCAAGCACAUCAAGACCACUGAGGCAGACACAGUAAAAAACAUGAACAGAGAUGACGGAGCUCACUGCCUGCACGGAGCACUUCCUGCACCUGCAUCUGAGUCACCCAAGAGCUCGGGUGUUGUGGAUGUAUCUUCUUUGCCAAAAGCAAAAGAAGUGAAAACUGAAUCAAGACUUAACCAGCAUGCACCAGCCAGCAUCCAUCCUGAAAAGGAGUUAACUGACAAGACCAAGAGAAAGAAAAAAACCAAGACAGACAAGACCAAAGCACCCACAAGGAAGACAGAAGGAAAGGUGCUCAGGGAAGCAGAGACUGCAGGAGGCAAGUCAAAGGACACAAAAGCUGAAAAGAAAUCAGAGCCAAUUUCCAAACGAAGAGACCCAGGAGCCAAGAGGAAAAGGACACAGAAGGAAGUAAAUGUGGAGAUGGCCGCAGAACCAAGUGGGCCUGACAUCACCAGUUCCAAGGAAACAGAGGGCACCUCAACUGGGGGUUUGCCCCCUGGGCACCCUAGUACAGAGGAGUCUUGGCCUUGUCCCAUGUAUGAUGUUCAGGAGAGCUACGUUUCUAUAGAUGCAAGAUCUUCACCUGUCCAGCCCACAGUGGUCACAGGCAGCAUAGAAGCUGAAGAAGAAAGAUGUGGUACAGCCCUUUCCCAGGCCCUCCUCACCCAGAGGGAGCAGGAAAAGGCAGCCCGGGACAGGCUGCGAGCACAGAAGGCUGAGAUGAGGCUGCUGGAGGUGGAAAGGAAGAGGAGGGAGCAGGAGGAGCAGAGCCGCCUCCAGCAGGAGCAGCAGAAGAACGCAAAGAUGAGGGAGGAGCUGGAGCUGGAGCAGCAGAGGCGCGCAGAGGAGAUGCGCUUGAGGAAACAGAGACUUGAAGAAGAACAGCAGCAGGAGGAGUCAGAGAGAAAGCAAUGGCUCCAGUGGCAGGUGGCCCAGGAGAGAGCCCAGCAGCAGCAAGAGGAGCUCCGCAGGACAAUGCAAGAACGACAGAGAAAAAAACAGCAGGAGGAGGCCGAGAGGGCUGAGGCAGAGAAGCAAAGGCAGAAGGAAUUGGAAAUGCAGUUAGCAGAAGAACACAAACGCCUGAUGGAAAUGGCAGAAGAAGAACGACUGGAGUACCAGCGGCAGAAACAGGAAGCAGAAAAGAAGGCUCUCCUGGAGGCCGAAGAGAGGAGGCAGAAGGAAGAGGAAGCAGCCAAGGUAGCUCUGGAGGAAGCUAUGAAACAAGCCCAGGAACAAGCCAGGCAAAAAGCUGCUUUGGAGAAGCAUCUUCGUUUCCAUCAAGAACUCCGUAAGGAAGCCAGUGGCCUGCAGUGGACACAGAGCAUUUCCAGACCAUGGGUUUACUCUUAUUUCCAGUUCCUACAAAUACCAAGGCCGUGAGGCUAGAAGAAAAGCUAAAAGUAAGUUGGGAGUGAUGACAGAAAGAGAAAUUUCCUUUCAUAAUGAAAUUCCAUCCUGAACCCAGUUAGUUUUGUUUCAUCUGGUUCACAUCAAGCCACACCUAAGGUUUUUCUCUACCCUGGAACUGCCAUUGCCACUGCCCCUCCACAUCUGUUCAACUCAAUUAAACUCUCUUCACUUUUAUGUUCUUGAAAACCAAUAAAUCCCGAAA